AGGCCCGAUACCAUGCAUGACGCGAUGGAAGUGGCACGACGACGGGAAGAUCACCUUGUCGCCACGCGAAGGGGACGGGCGGACGUGCGAUUCCCGGACACGCGUCGCACGGGACCGAACCCAGCCAAGGCCGGCGCACGGCCGAACGUUAACACUCGGCCAGCGGGGUCGAUAGUGAGGCGGCUGUCCCCCGAGGAGGUUAAACGUCGACGAGAGAGGGGCCUAUGUUUUAAGUGCCAGGAGAAGUUUACACCGGGUCAUCAGUGCAAGCAAGCUUUUGUGAUCGAAGUUGCUAAUCCCGAUGAGGAAGGAUCCGAGACCGAGGAGGAACCACCUCAGGAUAUCAUAGUUGAAGGGCCUGACGAAGAAGCAGAAAUCUCAAUGCACGCAAUGGCCGGGAUACGAGGUCCCCGGACGAUGCGAUUGCCAGCUUGGGUCAGGGAUCGAAAGGUGGUGGUACUAGUAGACAACGGGUCAUCACACAACUUCAUCAACGCCGAGUUGUCUCAAAAGCUGAAUUUACCAACCACGAAAAUUGAGCCAUUUGAGGUACGAGUGGCCAAUGGUGAAAGGUUGCAAUGCACUAAAUCCUUCCGGAAGGUGCCAAUCAGGUUCAGCGGAGUUACGGUGAAAGCUGAUCUCUAUGCCUUACCUCUGGUUGGGCCGGAUGUCGUCCUAGGAGUACAAUGGCUCGAGGGAUUAGGCAAGGUGACCACUGACUAUCGAACGGGAAUUAUGGAGUUCAACUCCGGCGAUCAGCAAGUCACACUCAGUUCAGGUAAUGAAAAAGAUACCAAAGAAGUAGGGCUCAAGAGCAUUGAGAAGGUCUGGCGGGGAGGAGGGCAAAUAUUUGCCGUACUCGUGGAAAAGACUGAGACGCACAAGGGUCAAGAAGAGCAACAACGGGGAGAUGUGCACGAGCUUCUCCAAGAAUUCGAGGGAGUACUGGGCGAGCCUAAAGGGCUACCACCGCACUGGGAGUUCGAUCAUCGCAUACCAUUGGUCAAUGAACAGCAUGCCAUACAUGUCCACCCUUAUAGGUACGCCCACUUUCAGAAAACCGAGAUCGAAUGGCAAGUUGUGGAGAUGCUAGAGUCAGGACUAAUCCAGCACUACAAAAGUCCGUUUUCUUCUCCUGUACUGUUAGCUAAAAAGAAAGACGGCACGUGGAGGUUCUGUACUGACUACCGAGCCCUAAACGCUGCAACCAUCAAGGAUCGGUUUCCUAUUCCAAGUGUUGAUGACAUGCUUGAUGAGUUAGCUGGGUCACGUUACUUCUCUAAGCUCGAUCUGAGAGCUGGUUACCAUCAGAUUCGACUCCACAAAGCCGACAUUCCAAAGACAGCUUUUCGUACACACCAGGGGCACUAUGAGUAUCUGGUUAUGCCAUUCGGAUUAUGCAACGCCCCAUUCACUUUCCAGUUCGCCAUGAAUUCUAUCUUCAAGGAAUAUCUGC